UGGAUCUGAACUAGUUGAAGCAAGUACGAGAAAAGGGGGAGACUUUAAACGUUGUUUCGAGACUGAUACGUUAUACCACAUAAGUGGCAUUUAGUACAAUGGAUCUAUUCACUUACGAGGAAACUAAGAUGUACUUUUAUGAGAACAGGCUGAAGACGUAUUCGGGAUGGCCGUUCGAGGAUGGCUGCGCUUGUACUUCGGAAAACAUGGCCAAGGCCGGGUUCAUCCACACGCCGUCGGAGAACAGCCCCGACACGGCGCAGUGCUUCUUCUGCCUGAAAGAGCUGGAGGGCUGGGAGCCGGAGGACGAUCCUGUGAAGGAGCACAAAGUCCAUUCACCAGCCUGCAGUUUCAUCACGCUAAAGAAGUCUGUGAACGAGCUGACAGUGGAGGAGGUCAUCAAACUGCAGAAAGAGAGGGAGAAGUUUCUCGUUAAAAAGAAGUGCAAUCACAUCAUCGAGAGAUUCGAGGAUGCAGCCAAAUCGCGGAGGGCCGAGUUGAUUAAAAUGGCCAUGGACUAGGAGUGACGGACUGUGGGUUCUGUGCAGACUCCAGUCCUCAGUGAUCCUCCUGAGAUUUUUAAUUUGCUGUUUCUGAUUUUUGAUUUUGCCACUCUAGAGACCGCCUCGUCCACUGGCUGAAAUAUCUAUGCUUUAGUUUCCUGUCUCUCUGGGUGGACACAUGCAUUGCUGCACAGGCAUUACAAGAGAAACGUUUUUCUCCAUCUUCAAAGUUCCACCUCCUGCCCCUAAACUGCUGUUGCCCUCGGUUACCGUGUGACGCUGACUAGUUGCGCAACCGUGGCUGUUUUCAGUCAUGGUCCCACACAAAGGGGUGUAUUCUCCAGCCUGUCUGAUUGUUGUUGUCAUCGAUUACAGCCCCCUCCUAUUUUCAUGUCUGCCGCUUUCAUUUCCGUUGUUUGAGUAUCUGUGUAGUUUUCCAAAACUCCUGUGAUGAUUUUACUUCAGAAAAUGCUAGCAAGAGUUUGUCUGGGAUCUGUCAGAGCCUUUUUUUUUUUUUAAAUAUAAAUUUUUCUGUUUUUAAAAUUCUGUAAAUAAAUUUGCGUACAUUUGGUGACCUUU